UCACCUGUGUGGCAGCCUGUGGAAAGGGUGGUUAAUGGCAUGUGUGCUUGGUUCUGUUUGUCAACCAGGGCUUGUUUGGUUGAAAUAAGAAAGCGAAAGCUCGUAAGGCCAGAGAAAACUUCUCUUUUUGAAAGCAGUUUCCUGACAGACAGUUGAAAACCUCAGACCCCAGCCCACCCAAACCAUUCAAGGCGCAGGGCAGGGACGAGGCAGAAGCACCGCAGCGCCUUGGGGAAGGAGGCCCAUGGAGAAGUUUCAAGCGGUGCUGGACCUGCACCUCAAGCAUCGCAACGCUCUGGGCUAUGGCCUGGUGACCUUGCUGACAGCUGGCGGGGAGCGCAUCUUCUCCACCACAGUGUUCCAGUGUCCCUGCAGCGCCACCUGGAACCUGUCCUAUGGCCUGGUAUUCCUGCUGGUACCCGCGAUAGUACUCUUUCUCCUGGGCUACGUGCUAAACGCCCGCACGUGGCGACUGCUGACCGGCUGCUGCGCCCCGGGCACCCGCUCCAGCUGUGGCUCCUGCCGGCGCCGGGCCCUGGUGUGUGCGCAGCUCAGCGGGAUGGCCGCAGUCGCGCCCCUCACCUGGGUGGCCGUGGCGCUACUCGGAGGCACCUUCUAUGAGUGCGCUGCUAGUGGGAGCAACAUCCUGGUGCGGUAUUUGUGCCCCGCGGGUGACCCCGCCUGUGCAGCCCAGCUGCCCCUGGUGCCAUGCAAGGCCAGCGCUCCCGAAGGGCAAGACCUCCGGAAGGAGCUCAGGGCCCAGUCGCAGGUGCUGGGCUGGAUCCUGAUAGCAGCUAUUAUCAUCAUCCUUCUGAUUUUUACAUCUGUCAUCCGAUGUCUAUCUCCAGUUAGUUUUCUGCAGCUGAAAUUUUGGAAAAUCUAUUUGGAACAGGAGCAACAGAUCCUCAAAAAAGAAGCCACAGAGCAUGCAAACAAAUUGGCAAAAGAGAAUGUUAAAUGUUUCUUUGAGUUCUCACAUCCAGAAGAAUUCAAAACCCCAAGCAUGAAAGCCUGGCAGCAGAUUUCCUCACUAUAUACCUUCAAUCCAAAGGAACAGUACUACAGCAUGUUGCACAAAUAUGUUAGCAGUAAAGAGAAGAGUGACAGUAUCAGAUCUGCUUCAGGAGAUACAGUGAUUCCUGCUCUUGGCUUUGUAGAUGCAUCUGGUAUAAUCACUGCUGACGUGACCUUAUGAGUGAACAGAAAAAACUUUCUUUUGAGUUUUUGCUUCAUUUAAAAAAAUAAGCAUUAGGAUUGUUUAUGAUGGCUUUCAUUUUUUGGUCUUCCAAAUUGUGGAAACAUGGAAUUUUAGAUCUGAAAUAAAAAUUUAGAACUUUACCUCUUUAUUAUAUUACUUAUUA